AACAGCAGGGGUUGUUUCGUGGUCCCCGCAGCCCCAGGCUGACUCUCGCUUCUCUCCAGGGGGAUCCUACAUGGUGGAACCGGAGGAGAACAAGCGGACCAGGACGGCGUACACGCGGGCGCAGCUGCUGGAACUGGAGAAGGAGUUUCUCUUCAACAAGUACAUCUCCAGGCCGCGGCGGGUGGAGCUGGCUGUCAUGUUGAACUUGACCGAGAGGCACAUCAAGAUCUGGUUCCAGAACCGGCGGAUGAAGUGGAAGAAAGAAGAAGACAAGAAGCGAGGGGCGGGCAACAGCAACGACCCCGAGCAAGACUGCGUGGUGUCCUCCGGGGAGCUCCAGACCAAGGAGGAUCUCCAGGCGUGUCCCGCCGGGAACCUUCCUUCGGGAGCCUCCAGGGACCUUCUCGGCCCCAGCCUAGUGCCCAGAAGGCAGCAGGACUCUCGGUGAGCCGCGGGGAGCCCCAGGGCCCUGGACGAGGAGAAGGAUGGGACACGGAGAAGAGCCGAGAGCUUCCCUCCGCCGGGCAGAGCCACUCGAGCCUUCCCUCGGGGAAACGCGGUGCCGCCAUUCCCAAACUCUCGUUCCCGGGAAAUAGACGGAAGAUGCCGGGCUGUGGCAAGGAGAGGCUCGCUGUGGGCUCUAGCCCCGGAGGAGGCC